GCCGCUUGUUUACACAGAUAAAUGGCCAUCCAGCCUGCCCGAGUGGACUGACUUGAUCAAAUACACUUUGGUCUCAGUGUGAUCUGGAAGCAGUUUGUCUCUCGGCAGCUCGAGUGUCAAACACAAGCAUCAUGGCUCUUCACCGGCUCUUCCAGCUGUCGUCUCUCUUUCGUUCAGCGGUGACCGUCACUCUUCGCAGGAAUAUCGGACUGUCCGCUGUCGUCUUUAACAAGGCCAAAGAUCUGGAUCCCGUACAGAAACUCUUCCUGGACAAGAUCCGAGAGUACAACACCAAGAGCAAGUCAGCUGGCGGUGUGGUCAAUGCUGGACCGGACUAUCAGAAGAACCUGACAGAGGAGAUGUCCAAACUACAGCGGUUAUACGGAGGUGGAGAUCUGACCCAAUUCCCACAGUUCAAAUUCCCAGAACCCAAACUGGAGGAGGUGAUGACUAAAUGAACAGCAAUCUCUCCGUCACUGUCUGUCUGUCUUCUAAAGUCCUGAAGUAGAUAUUUAAUAAAACACUUCGUUUUAAAAUC